AAACCAAUCCCCAUCCAGCAGAGACAGCGGACGGCAAAACAUGAUCGGGAGUCUCUUCAAUCUCAGGGUUUCUUCCCCAACAAUACCUGUGGCGUGGGCAGUACCGCAAGCUACACAAGUCCCGCCAACCUCCCGCAGAGCUGGUCCGUAAUUGGUAGUAACGAGAGGGACAGGAUCGGGAGUGGGGGUGUGGGGAGUCGACGGCAGACCCCUCGUUCGUACCGCAGCUGGGUCAUCAUCCCGGAGCCGAGUGACUCCGAGCUGGAGUCGGGCUACGAAGCCGACGUGGAGAGAGGAAGCCACAACAUUGAGGUGGCCGAGAGCUGUGGGGAGAUGGAGGACGCUGAGUUGAGGGAGGGCGAGCUGCUACGCUCGCUCACGUCCUAUUUAGUGCCCCCCGAGGUUCGGCAGAGGGUGUGGAUCAUGCUCCCGAUAUGGAACUGUAUCGACCUCUUUCGAGAGAGUGUGUCCCAGGGCCUCUCGCCUCAGGGGGAGAAGUGUGUGGAAGUUUACCUCUACCAGUUGUUUGCACUACUUAGAGCUGACAAGUACAACGUUGCACUCCUCUCGGGAAAGGGAUUGUUGGCGAAGCUGUUGGAUGCUUUUGCUCCUCUCUUUAACUCAGAGUCUGAGAGAUGUGUCAUGUGCUGUCGGUUGGUGUGCCGUAUUGCGGAGCUGGUGGGAGUCUACCAGAUCUCUCCCACUGAGACCAAGAAACUCCUACUGAGAAUGCAGGCCCUGCCUGUACACCUAGAACAUGCUCCAGAGUUAUUGCACAACGUAGCACUGGCUACUACUCAAAGUCUUCAACUUUCAUCAUUUAUCGAGUUCAGCUACCCUAGACCACUCCAGCAACUGGACAAGCACCACAUAAUGUCGGUUCCAAUGAUGAUGUCGUGGGGGGCGGAGUCUCGUGCCAUCUCCAUGUGGUUCCAGGUAUCCAAGUACCCGCUGCAAGCCUUCCUCCACCUACUGUCAGUCUACUCUGGGGAGACCUACAUUCAGGUCUGGGCCUGUGCCUGCACUGGGGACAUCAUCAUUCGGUUGUCUUCGUGUCUGCAGUUGGACUGCCUGGCUGAGGGAGAUGCCUACACCAGGACUCUGGGCAGCAUCAUCACACCUGGCAAGUGGCACCACAUCACCAUCAGCAUCCUCCCUGCCAAUAUGAAACCUCACUAUAAGCUACUGGUGAUAGUGAACGGGAAGGACUCGUUCACCUUUGACAUCCCGCUACCGUCUGGUCCCACCACGGCCUCCAAGUGGCAGUACUACCUGGCAGGGGGUGCAGUCAGCAGACACACUCAGGAGAGACACAUCCAGCUGGUCAACGCCGGCACCUCCUCCAUCUCCUGGACCCUCGGCAGCCUCCAGGUCUUGAGAGGAUUCUCAUCGUCGACCCUCGCCACCCUCCUGUACGACAUGGGUCCCCAGUGUCCCAGCUGUAACCCCCAGGCCUUGCAGGAGCUCAUGAGGCGCUAUCAGUUUGACUCCACCCUCCACCCAUCUGACAACAUGGCCAUCAUCAGUAAACCUCUCCUCACUGACACGGAAGUCGCCCAGCUCUCCGAGCAACCGUUCUUCUCCUACUCUGCACAAGACCCGAUGAAGUUCUUUGCCCUGUCGGUGAGGGAGAGAGAGCCGGGGGAUCAGUCUGGACCUCUCUACAUCCCCUACAGUGGGACAGUCCAGUGGGUGGCAUCUGCCACUGCCGUCAGUAGACCCCAACUGCUGGAUGUUCUCAACAGCUCUGUUGGCCUCGAGCAGCUCGUCUACCUCUAUGCCAAGGUGGUGUGUGAGGGGUUCUCAGAGGAGGUCCAGUGGCACGCUCUGUCUCUACUGAGACUGGCCACUCACCACUCUCUACUGGCCCAGCUGGAGCUCCAGGCUCUGGGUGGCAUCGGUCUAGUGCAGCAGGUCCUACGCUCCCCCAGAGCUGCCGUCAGCAAGAGGAUAGCUGAGGUGUUCAUAAAGUGGUGUUGUGGAGGGCCUGAGAUGAAGGCUGUACAGGACUCCUCUGUCCUGGAGCACAUUCUCCUGGACUGGAGGAUAUGGCACAGAGCACAGGAGGAGGUGUGGCAAGAGGUGCUGUGGCAGCUACAGAAGCUCCUGUCUCCCGAGGAGGCCGGCCGCGCCCUCGACUCCAACCUCCAGCACUUCCACUCUGCACAGGCCAUCAUCAAGAUACUGCUCACCAGCAAGGAGCGUUCCCUGGAGCGUCUCCCUCCACUGUCCCCCAACAUUGCCUGUCAGUUUGUGCGACUGGUGGAGCUGCUGGUGGGACUUCCUCCUCGUCUCGAGAGUCUCGGCUACGUCUGUGAGCACCUCCUGGUCAGCGACAUCAACGACCUCAAACUGGUGGCCGGUCCUGCUCUACUGGAGACCUCCAUAUCUGUCUUUGAUGGUCGUCAUGGGAGUACAGUUGACUCUGGUCCUCCCCUGGCCUCAGUCUCUAGUGACACCCACCACUCCACUGCUGCUGCCGGUGGUCCCAGCAGAGGGGAGGGGCCUCUCCUCUCCCCCACUCCCUCCUCCUCCUCGGCCACCCUCCCCACCGUCAUCGCCUACUCACACUCUGUCUCUGACAGCGACACGGAGGAAACGAUAGCCUUUGAUGUCCAGCCCAUCCGGGGUCGACUGCCCCAGUCCUCGUACACUGAGGGAGACAGUCUCUUCACCUGGACUGAUAUCACUGGCCAGCUGGGAGGAUCGGAAGAGACUGACGGCCCGCUGAGUGAAGACAUUCAGACCAGUCUGGAGGUGGGUCUCCUGGGCCACGUGAGGAAGGUCCUCAUGCUCAUGCCAGACUCCCUGGCCCACAUGGUGGUGGGAGAGGUGGUCCAGCAUUUCUCUCUCAUCGCCAUGGCCCACAAUAAGGACAUUGUCGUCAGGACUGCUGCCAUCAGGGUCUUGGACCAGUACUUCAAGCGAGCCAGUGACUCCAUUCGGACUAAUUUUGUCCUGACGAAGGGGUUCAACCUCCUGGCAGCUCAGCUGAAGCAGUUCAAGGUCUCGGUGCAGCUCAUCUCAGCACUGGUCAGCAUGGCCCUGGGUCAGGAGGUCAACCUCUCCAAGGAACAGCUGAGUUCAUUCCAGCUGCCGGGAGUCAUGUCCAGUUUCCACAUGCAUGCAGUGGUGCCCAUCAUCCAGUGUACUCUCAACACCGUGAGCCAGCCCCAGCUCUGUCACGCCACUCUCUGUAUCCUCAGGGAGUUGUUUGAGGUGGUGAAGGGGGUGCCAUGGUUCAUGGUCAGCAAUGGGCUACUGAAACUGCUGUGUCAGAUCAUUGCCACCACCUGUGAUCUCACUCUCUCCAGGACUGAAAAGGAGCUCAUUCUCACAGAUGUGAUGCACUUCUGCAAACUAAUAGUCAUCUAUUCUAUCAGUGCUGACCAGGACGACAGGUUCAGGUCCCUGGAGAACAUGCUGGUGUGCAUGCGGCACUGCUGCCAGGAGUUGAGGAAGACGCGCGGUCCUCGGGCGCUCUCCGUGGUCUACCUACACCGUUUCCAGUACCACGUCCUGGUCCAGGCUCUCCGCUACUUCCAGGAGGACGUGGGUCCCCGAGAGAGCCGGCUACGUUCCCACCCUACCCUCCUCCUCCUCCUCCCAGCCUCCAGGUCAUUCAGAUCUGACCAGUCGGUUUGGAACUACGUGUACCAUGGCCGUGGACUGGGUCAUGUUUGGGGCGGAGCACUUCACCGAAAACCACGCCCAUCACUUCAUGGAGGGAGUAAUGAUGCCUGGCGGGAUGGACUUUGACCCCCGGGCCAGUAUCCCGGCCACGGAUGUUGGGUUCACCAGAUUUUUACUCAACUUCUUUUGCCACACUCUUCUGCCUGCUGUCAGGAAGAACAUGACUCUGAAUCUGGACAGGCAGCGUUACUCCAUCAGUUCCCGGAGCCAGCUCAACGAGCAGCUGGGUCGUCUCCUCUGCCACCUCCUCUCUGCUGUCCACGUCACUCCAGUCAGGGCGGCCGUCCUCCGCCAGCUCUGGUCCACGGAUGACUCUCGCUACAUCCUCAACUCCGUCCUAAACUCCACUCUCAAGAAAACACUGGGUUCUCGACUGGUCCUCACCAUCCUCCACCUCCACAGACAUGUCUCCAGACCACACCCACACACACGAGGGAGGGACCCUGACCUCGGGAACCUCCUCGGUGACCUCUUUGACCUCGUCUGUCGCUCCGGCUCCACUCGGCUGAAGGCAGGGACGGAGCUGUCGUCUCUCGCAGCCCACGACCCUCAGCGAGAGGCUGGUGACUCUACCAGGGACUCCAAGAAGAGACAUAAGUUUGAGACCAACCUCGAGGACAUGAGAAAUUUGGAUCAGAGGUGGCAGGAGAGGUAUGAAUACGACAUCAGAGGAUUUGCUCUCAAGCAGAAGACAACGUACUCAAAACUGGUGGAGAAGGCGAGGGAGAGACAGCAGGUGGUGGACAGGUCGUCAGAGUCAGUCUCGACCCACAUCUUUGGUCUCCAGUCUCAGCUGAGGAAGAGUUUCCUGGAGCAGAUGUCCAAGGCCAGUGUGACUGAGAGGGACAACCUCCGGCAGUGGAGGAGAGUCAUCCUCCUCAACACACACCUCAGGGCUCUGUGGAGUAAGGAUGAGUGUCGGACCAUGUGCUGGCAGUUGGACCCGACCGAGGGCCCGGGGCGAGUGAGACGGAGGAUGAUGAGAGCCCCUCUCACCAUACACAGCAGACACAUCCUCACUGGCUCUGGCAGACACUCUGAGGAUGAGACCACUCUACACACUGACAAAACAAUGUCCCCUCUCUCCUUCAUCUUUGACAACACUGCCUACUCUGGUACUGAGGGCAUCUUCAACAAGGUCGUGCCUCAGAAAGGAGAAGACAUAAAUCACUUGUACAACUGGAAGUGUUCAAACAUCAGUCCUGACAACUGCUGUAGAGGUCACCUCAUUCUCUCCAACAUGCGGUGCUACUUUGUUGGAGACGAGCCACUGGGCGACCCUAACAUCACCAAGGUCCUGCCUUCUGAUGAGGAGGUGGCCCUGUUAUCAUGGCAGCAUAGCGAGGUGGUCGAGAUCCAUCGAAGACGCUACAUGCUCAAGGACGACGCUCUUGAGAUCUUCCUGAUCAGUGGAAAGACCAUGCUCCUCUCCUUUGAGUCCACUGCUGCUCGCAACACGGUGCAUGCUACUCUGCUGCAACUGGACCUGCCCAACAUGGUGGACAGUGGAGAGUCUGAGAGUGAGAAACUCAAGUCCGUCACUCACAGCUGGCAACAAGGAGAGAUCACCAACUUUGAGUACCUGAUGGAGCUAAACAAGCUCGCCGGCCGGACCUUCAAUGACCUCAUGCAGUACCCAGUCUUUCCGUUCAUACUGGCUGACUACCACAGCAGUGAACUGGACCUGCGCAAACCAGAGUCAUUCAGGAAAUUUCGAGUGCCAAUCUCAGUUCAAGACGAGAGCAGGGCAAAGAAAUACCUGGACACAUACAAGUUCCUGGCCAAUGAGCGGCGUGCCAGUGCGGCCCCAGGGCUGUCCAGUAUCUCAGACAAGCCCUAUCAUUACGGCUCUCACUACUCCAACAGUGGCAUCGUCCUCCACUUCCUAGUCAGACUACCUCCAUUCACCGAGAUGUUCCUCGCCUUUCAAGGUGGUAGUUUUGAUAUUGCGGACAGGACAUUCCGUAAGCUGGAGACGACGUGGUGGCUCUCGUCCUCCGAGUCAGCCACCGACGUGAAAGAACUCGUCCCAGAAUUCUUCUUCCUCCCCGAGUUCCUCGCCAACUCUGAACGGUUCAAUUUCGGGGAGUGUCAGACAGGGGAGAGGGUGGACCAUGUCAUUCUACCUCCCUGGGCCAAGGACGACCGACGACUCUUUGUCCUCAAACACAGACAGGCCCUGGAGAGUGACUUUGUAUCGCGGAAUCUCCACGAGUGGAUCGACCUGGUGUUUGGCUUCAAGCAGACAGGGAAGGCAGCUGUCCAGGCCAUCAAUGUCUUCCACCCAGCUACGUAUUACGGAGCAGACGGUAUAGACAUCGACUCGGUCACCGACCCCACCCAGCAGGCUGCCAUGAGAGCCAUGGUCAAAACAUACGGCCAGAUGCCACUCCAACUAUUCCGAGACCCUCACCCUCCACGCUCCAAGAACUCCAUACUCACCUCGUUUAGAAUCCGCAUCGGCUCCGCCCUCCGCUGGCUGUCAGCGGCCCCACCCACCCAGAGAACCCCGAGUCUCUACUUCUGGAUGCACGUCUCGUCCGUGAAGGCCCGCAUCCCUCUCUCGGGGUCAGAGUGCGACUUCAUCGGAACCCCCGGGUCCCCCGACUUGGUGUUUGCCCACGACCAGUCCCUGGAGAGGGUCCCCGAGAGGAUAUCUGUGGUGGGCGGGGGGGAGCUGAUAGUGACUGGGCUCCAGACUGCCUAUUUCCCCUCCUCCUCCCCGGCCACUGCGGGGGUCCUGGUGGUCUGGGGGACGUGGGAUAACUCUCUCGUCCUCAGAUCCACCGCCUGCGAGAGCACCGCCGUCAGAUUACACUCUCACCCGCUCAAUAAGGUGACAUGUUGUGAGUGUGUGAGGAGCGGUCAGAUGAUAGUGUCGGGAGGCAGUGCAGGGACUAUCUCAUUCUGGACCAUCUCCAACACUCCCAGUGGACUGAGCUACACGGGGAAGGCAGUUCACCUGCGGGGACACGACGGUCCCAUCAACUGCAUGAUGGCCUGCAAACCAUUUGGUAUUGUGGUGACUGGCAGUGCCGACCACACUUGCAUCAUUUGGGACACAAACAGACUCAGCUACGUGAACACUCUGGGAAGUCACGAAGGUCCAGUGAGUGUGGUGGCCACCAGCCCUACUCUGGGAGACAUUGCAUCUGUCUGUACCGCUCUCUCCAGACCUAGCAGAACAUCCACCACUGCCAACAGAUCAUCAGAGGAGCAGUUGUUCUACCUGAGAGUGUGGACCAUCAACGGUCACCUGGUGAGGAGGGUGAGCAGCAAGGUCCAGAUCAAGUGUCUGCAGUACUCCUCUGCUCCAGAGGGCGUCUACAUCAAUGUACUGGCAGGAGGACUUGCUAAUGGCAACAUAAAUUUAUGGAGCUCGUGGGAUUUGAGUCUGAUUCGAGAGGUCCCCUGUCCCCUACCCACCUCCUACCCUGUACUCAGUAUUGGGAUCAGCUCCCUGUCCAAAGAGCUGUACGCAGGCUACAGCAACCGGCAGUUGGUGGCCUGGGUUAAGCCACGCCACGAGUUCAGGGAGGAACAAGAUUUUGAACACCUGGGCCUUGAGCCAUACUUCUCUAUGAGCAAGAGGCUAUAA